CCCUCCCUGCUCUUCCGGGUGGCUGGUGUCAUAACGCACGCCUCUAGCCGUUACCGCUCUAUGGUUACGCAGCGGCGGCGUUGUUGUGGUCGUGGUGGUGUCUUUUUCGCUCUCUGUGGUCUCGGGCCAGCCGGCCAAGUGGCCGGCGUGAGGGAGAGGCGGCGCUGUUUCCCCUUCAAGAAGGGAUAAGAGGCUGCGGGGGAGGGAAAGGAGAGACAGGGAAAAGAUGGCGGCUGCCGUGAGGCAGGAGCUGACACAGCUCAUGAGCUCGAGUGGCUCCCACAAGGACCUAGCGGGGAAGUAUCGUCAGAUAUUGGAAAAAGCAAUUCAGCUCUCAGGAGUGGAACAGUUAGAGGCAUUAAAAGCCUUUGUAGAAGCAAUGGUCAAUGAAAAUGUCAGUUUGGUGAUUUCGCGCCAGUUGCUGACAGACUUUUGUACCCAUCUUCCAAGCCUUCCUGAUAGCACGGCCAAAGAAAUCUACCAUUUCACCUUGGAAAAGAUCCAACCUCGUGUAAUUUCAUUUGAGGAGCAGGUUGCUUCCAUAAGACAGCAUCUUGCAUCAAUUUAUGAGAAAGAAGAAGACUGGCGGAAUGCAGCACAAGUAUUGGUGGGGAUUCCUUUGGAAACAGGACAGAAGCAAUACAAUGUGGACUAUAAAUUGGAGACUUAUCUGAAAAUUGCCCGACUGUAUCUGGAGGAUGAUGAUCCCGUUCAGGCUGAGGCUUAUAUCAACAGGGCAUCCCUUCUUCAGAAUGAAUCAACUAAUGAACAGUUACAAAUUCAUUAUAAGGUGUGUUAUGCUCGUGUUCUUGACUACAGAAGGAAGUUCAUUGAAGCUGCCCAGAGGUAUAAUGAACUCUCUUACAAGAGUAUAGUCCAUGAAAGUGAGAGACUUGAGGCACUGAAGCAUGCCUUGCAUUGUACAAUCUUGGCAUCAGCAGGUCAGCAGCGCUCUCGAAUGUUAGCCACUCUUUUCAAGGAUGAGAGGUGCCAGCAGCUUGCAGCCUAUGGGAUACUGGAGAAGAUGUAUCUAGAUAGGAUUAUCAGAGGGAACCAAUUGCAAGAAUUUGCUGCAAUGCUUAUGCCACACCAAAAAGCAACAACAGCUGAUGGUUCUAGUAUUUUGGACAGAGCUGUCAUUGAACAUAACUUAUUAUCUGCAAGCAAACUAUAUAAUAAUAUUACCUUUGAAGAACUUGGAGCACUAUUAGAAAUUCCUGCAGCCAAGGAUGUGGACCUUUUUUUCCCCAAGGCGGAAAAGAUAGCCUCACAGAUGAUAACAGAGGGUCGUAUGAAUGGAUUUAUCGAUCAGAUAGAUGGCAUUGUUCAUUUUGAAACUCGUGAAGCCUUACCAACAUGGGACAAACAGAUUCAGUCGCUUUGCUUCCAGGUUAACAAUCUUUUGGAGAAAAUUAGUCAGACUGCCCCAGAAUGGACUGCGCAGGCUAUGGAAGCCCAAAUGGCUCAGUAGAUUUUCAUUUCUUUCACUUCUGUAGAGAAGAUUCCUUUUUCUAAAAAUGUGAAACAAGCAUAAGAAAUACAACUUAAGGCUUUGGCUCAACUUCACUAGAACCCUGUCUAGGCAACGGUGUAGAUGGGUGUACAUUGUUUAAAUUCCUAAAGGUUUCUCUUAAAGGCACAGUAGCACUGCAUAAAAAUAAGCUGUAUAAAAAUAAGAUUGAGUAGAAGAGUGUGUUUUUAAGUUUUAUAUUAAAGUUUCAGUUGUUUAGUGGCCUUGUGAAUAUUUUUGCUUGUUGAAAACUGAAGUGCCAUAUUCUCAUUAGCUGUAGUUAUUCCAAUAAAGACAGGAUGGAAGUUAA